AAUCGCAAGUUAAUAUUUCCGACAAGACGAUGAGCUGUCGUCUCCGGAGAGGAGGGGGAAUUUCUCUCUUUCUCUUUCUCUCUCUCUCUCUCCCGUUUGAAUUCAAUUUCACCACAACUCAAAAAUAUUCCUGCGAUUCUCCUUCCUUCCUUCCUCCUGCGUCCCUAGCGGGGAAAUCACGAUUUUGAGAUCAUCAAAAUUAAAAAAAAAAAAAAAAAAAACAAACAAAUAGAUGGUGUCGGACAAUGAGAUGGGUCUGGCGUUAGCUGUGUCGUCGAGUGUCUUCAUAGGUUCCAGCUUCAUUUUGAAGAAGAAAGGUCUCAAGCGUGCUGCCGCUAAUGGCACCCGCGCUGGGUUCGGAGGCUAUACAUAUUUGUUAGAGCCCCUUUGGUGGGUAGGCUUGGUAACAAUGACUUUUGGAGAAAUUGCUAACUUUGUGGCUUACGUUUAUGCACCGGCUGUAUUAGUCACUCCUCUUGGUGCUUUAAGUAUAAUCAUCAGUGCUGUUUUGGCACAUUUCUUGUUAGACGAAAAACUUAGGAAAAUGGGAGUUUGGGGAUGUGUUUGUUGCAUUGUGGGCUCAGUUAUGAUCGUCAUACACGCACCUCAGGAGCAGACUCCCAAUUCUGUUGAAGAAAUCUGGAAACUAGCAAUGCAGCCAGCUUUUCUAAUUUACGUAGCCAUAUCAAUGUCGAUUGUCCUGGCUUUGAUUCUGUACUGUGAACCUCUCUGCGGCCAAACCAAUAUUCUUGUCUAUAUCGGAAUUUGUUCAUUGAUGGGUUCUCUUACAGUUAUGAGCAUAAAGGCUGUAGGGAUUGCGAUAAAGUUAACAUUUGAAGGGAUAAACCAGAUUUGGUAUCCAGAGACUUGGUUUUUUGCCAUUGUUGCAGCAAUCUGUGUGGUUAUGCAAAUGAUUUACCUAAACAAGGCGCUGGACACUUUCAACGCAGCAAUUGUUUCUCCAAUUUAUUAUGUGAUGUUCACAACACUCACAAUUGUUGCUAGUGCAAUCAUGUUCAAGGACUGGAAUGGGCAAAACACAGACAGCAUAGCCUCUGAGAUUUGUGGAUUCAUCACAGUGCUUACAGGAACAGUUAUACUCCAUGCGACAAGAGAAGAGGAACAAGCUUCGCCUGGAAGAAUGAGAUGGCAAGAUUCAGGGAAGAGCUUUGACGAAGAACAUUUGACAAGUUUGUACAGUCCUGAAUAUUAGGAAGGUAAAAAGAUCUAAACCUUCUUCUCCCUCAAAUAAUCUCCUAGUGGGGGAAAGAAUGUACACUAGCUUUGUGUAUACAACAUGAUAGUUUUGUAAUAGUCUUUUGUGGUUUCUCUAUACAAAUUUGUCCAUUGUUUGUUCAUAUUCAUUUAUUUUUGAGCUAAGUUAGUACAGAUUUGUAACUAGAUAAUAUUAUUGUUGACUUUGAUUACUAUUAAUUAUUUUGAUUGUUUUAGCAA